GUCAGGAAGAGGAAGAGCGCGGCCGGGUGUGCGGUGCAGAGCAAGGGCCCGGCCGAAGCAGCUGCGCGCGCGCGGGCCACCAUGGCCACGGACGAGCUGGCCAGCAAGCUGAGCCGGAGGCUGCAGAUGGAGGACGAAGGCGGCGAAGCGACCGAGCAGCCGGGGCUCAACGGAGCGGCGGCGGCGGCGGCCGGGGCUCCCGAUGAGGCUACCCAGGCGUUGGGCAGCGCGGACGACGAGCUGAGCGCCAAGCUGCUGCGGCGCGCGGACCUCAACCAGGGCAUCGGCGAGCCGCAGUCGCCCAGCCGCCGCGUCUUCAACCCCUACACGGAGUUCAAGGAGUUCUCCAGGAAGCAGAUCAAAGACAUGGAGAAGAUGUUCAAACAGUAUGAUGCCGGCAGGGAUGGCUUCAUCGACCUCAUGGAACUCAAACUCAUGAUGGAGAAGCUGGGGGCCCCUCAGACUCACCUGGGCCUGAAGAACAUGAUCAAUGAGGUGGAUGAGGACUUUGACAGUAAACUCAGCUUCCGGGAGUUCCUACUGAUCUUCCGCAAGGCAGCGGCAGGGGAGUUGCAGGAAGACAGCGGCUUGCACGUCCUGGCCCGCCUCUCUGAGAUCGAUGUCUCCACAGAGGGGGUUAAGGGUGCCAAGAACUUCUUUGAGGCCAAGGUCCAGGCCAUCAACGUGUCCAGCCGAUUUGAGGAGGAGAUCAAAGCUGAGCAAGAGGAAAGGAAGAAGCAGGCUGAGGAGGUGAAGCAGCGGAAGGCAGCCUUUAAGGAACUGCAGUCUACCUUCAAGUAGCCAGGGCCAAGGCCGAGACCCAGCCUUGCCCAGUGUGCAGUCUGGGGGCACGGGUGGGUACAGGAGACCUGUGGGAGACAAACUGAGUCCUGGCCGAUGUGUGCCAGGACCACUACUGAAAUCUAAACUGUCUAUGAACGGAUCUCAUGCAAGAGUCUCUCCAGUAGUUGGGCCGGUCCCUGCUCCCUCCCGCUGUCCCUGAGGCUGUGACACCAGCAUCCUCUCGCUGGCCACCCUGCUGCCUGCUCUAGCCCAACGCCAGCCCAUUCACCACGCCCCUGCCUUGUGUACCAGCUACUUUCUCUACCCAACUACCCCUAACCGUGGGCCACCCUACCACCCUGCCCUGGGCCUCAUGGCCCCUUCCUAGAUAGGAACCAGCAGAGAGAGAGAGAGUCUCCUCCCCACAACUUCCUUUCAGAUCAGUCCCCUCUCUGCUGGGUGUGGAAGGACUCCUGUUUUGGUGAAGAGACCCAGCCCUUAACACUCUAGGCUGAUAUAAAUGGGAUUAGAAGUGGAGGGGGGACUACUAUUUUGGUGAGGAGACCCAGGCCCUAGCACUCUAGGCUGAUAUAAAUGGGGCCCAGCCAGGCAGGGUGAAGGCCACUGAAUCUACCUCACAGGCUACACUCUGCUGGGCAUGCCAUGGGGACGUGAGUGAUAGGGCUCCGUGGGGAGGGGCAGACAUGUCACUUCCUGACACCCUACCCCCAGAACAAGCUGAGGGUCCCAAGGGACAGUGGAGAGGGGGUGGGGUGCCUUGCUCCCCGGGGAGUGCCUCGUGUGUUUGUGUGUAUUGCAGUAGGACACGGGGCCACCAGCCCCUCCUUCCUCGCUGUCCUCCCCUGGGUUUGUCGCCAGUGAGAGCACCUGCCUGCCAUGCCCACCCCUAGAACGCAUGGGGGUCCCCAAACCCACCCGUCACCAGCCAGGCCAUAGUGAAGCCCGUGCCAUUGCUCCGCAGCCCCCAUGUGCUUGCUCAAGUGUGUGUGUGUGUCUGUGGCUGUGUUGUGAACCUGUGCCGUCACCCGGUCCAAGUGAAUGGCCACCGAGGCCGCUGUCAUUCAACGUUCGGUGUGUCACUGCUUUUGAAACUCGAUAACUCUUUAUUUUACUACAGUGCCCUGAGUCCCCAGUUGCCCCCCCCCGUGGGACUUGCAAAGGUUUUAUUUUUUUGGUCUUAGAACCCAUACGAGUUGGAGGGACCCAGCCCAGCCCAGCCCAGCAGCUGUGGUCCUGGCUUGUGUUUGCCUUAGUGAAUGUUUAUACAGAUGAAUAUAAAUUCCCUUUACUUUUGGCCUUUUGCAUUUUAUUUUUUUGUCCUCCCUCUCACCACCUCCUCCCCUCCAAAAAAGAAAACAGCUACUUCUUCAUUCAGUGGUACGAUUAUUUUUUUUAACUAAAAUGAGAUAAAAUUCUA